CGGUGCACCGGGGGCUAUCCCGGUCCCGGGUGCGGAGGCGCACCCCCCGCAGGGCUAUCCCCCGGAGCAGUUUUAAAGCCAAGUGACCGUUGCAAACCCUCCACCGCAAACGCUCCUCCGCCCCCCGGUCCCUUCCAGCUCCCCGUCCCCGUCCUCGCCGCUCCCGCCCCAUCCCGCCCCAUCCCCGCCCCAUCCCGCCCGGCGCCGGGCGGAGCCACCGGAGCGGGGCCGGGGCCGGGGCGCCGCGAAGCGCGGCCGGUGGCCGGGGCCGGGGCCCGGUGUUCGCAGCCAUGCUGAGCCGCCUGGGAGCCCUGCUGCAGCAGGCUGUGGAGACGCGGGAACCCAGCGUGGACCUGCUGGAAGCCUUCACCGAGCACUGGAAGGGCAUCACCGGCUACUACCUGGAGGCCACGGAUGAGAGCAUCCACGCCAGACAGACGGACAUUCCCUGGCGCCUCAAACAGAUGCUGGACAUCCUGGUGUACGAGGAGAAGCAGUUCCCAGCGGGAGAAGCCGGGCCGUGCCUUGAGUACCUGCUGCAGCACAAGGUCCUGGAGACCCUCAGCACGCUGGGCAAGGCGGAGUACCCCCCUGGAAUGAGGCAGCAGGUCCUCCUCUUCUUCAGCCGGGUGCUGGGGCAGGUGCAGCACCCACUCCUGCACUACCUCAACGUGCACCGGCCGGUGCAGGCCCUCUCCCUGCCCUGCCAGAAGCUGCUCCAGCUCAGCGGCGACCGCCUGGGCUGCGGCACAGAGAAGGAGGAGGUGCAGUUUGCAGCCAUCCUCUGCACCAAGAUCAAGCAGGAUCCCACCCUGCUGGCGUACAUCCUGGAGGUGAGCAGCCCCCGGCAUCCCUGUGCUGGUGGGACACGUGUGGGGUUAUCUGUGGGGUUUGGCUCUUUUCACUGGGCUUUUUCACAUGCUUUGCAGCUCCAUCCCGGAGAGCCCCAGGAGCUGCCGGCCAGCCCUGCGGAAAAGGGUGCGGAGCAUCCCCCGGGCACCGCGGCCGGCUCCCCCCCAGCCGAGCCCUCCCCCCCACGGAGGGACAGCAACCUCGUCACGUCCUUGGUGGGGCUGUGCAAGAGCAAGAAGAGCAGGGUCGCGCUGAAGGGCUCAGGAAAACCUGCUCUUGCUCGGGGGCUUGCCCAAGAGGCGGCUGCUGCCUGCCUGGUGCGGAGCAGCACCCUGUGCCAGCUGCUGACGGAGCAUCUCUGUGACCUCUACAGCGCUGUGCCCGCCUGCACCGACCCCUGCGACAUCCUCGCCCUGGAGAGGGUCAGCUGGAGUUUUUCCUGGGGGAAGGAGAGCCUGGCUGCCUUCUUCAGCUGGCUGGACUACCUUGAUGAGCUGGUGAUGGGUGCCCACCCGGUCGUGGCAGAUGCCAUCACUGAGGCUGUAGAGGAAAAGUUUUUCAGGUGCAUCCUGCAGCCGCAGCUCCUGCAGAUGUCCGAGCUCACCGUCCUCAGCGCCACGGCCAUGCUGACGGGCACGGUGCGGCAGAUCCGUGCGCCUCCCCUGCUCCACCGCCUCGUGUUUUUCCUGCUGGGGCCAGACCGGCACCCCGAGGCCCCGGGGGAAGCCCCCUACCCUCUACGCACUCAGCUCAUCGACCGCUGUAACCACCUCUCCGACGAGAUCAGCCUGGCCAGCCUGCGGCUCUUCGAGGAGCUCCUGCAGAAACCCCACGAGCACGUGGUGCACAGCCUGGCACUGAGGAACCUGGAGGCGAGGGGCUACCUGCAGCGCAGCCCCCCCAUACCUGACGAGCGUGGACCCCCUGAGCCAGGACCCCGAUGGGGCAAGGUGAGGCGAGGUGGUCAGCAGGUAGGGAUCUGCAGGGGCUGCCCUGGCGGGGGGGGGGGCUGCAUCCCCCUCCCCACCCCCUCUCACCUCUCUUCCAGCUUCCUCUGCCUGGUCCCUGAGGAGGCGAAGACCUCCUCAUGCAUGGAGGAAGGCGGCUACGACACCUACGUGCACGAUGCCCUGGGCACGGUCCAUGCAUGCCGUGCCAGCGCAGCCCCGUGGGGGUGGCCCCUGGCCCCCCGGCCCCUCGACUCCUGCCACCCCGAAGCGGCAUUUUACGAGGGCCACUUCCUCAAGGUGCUGUUUGAUCGGAUGACCCGGAUCCUUGACCAGCCCUACAGCCUGAACCUGCAAGUGACUUCGGUGCUGUCCCGCCUGGCCGCACUCCCCCAUCCCCACCUCCACGAGUACCUGCUGGACCCCUACCUCAACCUGGCGCCUGGCUGCCGCUCGCUCUUCUCCGUCCUCGUCAGGGUGAUCGGGGACCUGAUGCAGCGUCUCCAACGCGUGCCCCACUGCAGGGCCAAGCUGCUCCUGGUCCGCCAGCAGCUCAUGGGGCUGGUGCCCGGAGAGCAGAUGGACCACACAAUGCUCUUCAAAGGGGUGGUGGUGCUGGAGGAGUUCUGCAAGGAGCUGGCUGCCAUCGCCCUGGUCAAGGGACCACGGGAGGGGCCCCCCUGAGCUGUGGUUCCUCGGCCCCCCCACUGAGCACCCCUCUCUGGCAGGGCUGCGGUGGCCACUGUGGUGGCCAAACCCACACGCCAGUAGCCUCCAGUGGCCCUGCUCAGACUGGUACAUCCCCAGUAGCCUGGCAUGGUGGUGGCACCCCAGGAAGGACACCCCGGCAAGGAGGAAGAGGAGGUGCAGUCCUUCCUCCCCACCUUGGCCAACCCAGAGGUGAUGCCACCUCCCCCAGCGCAGGAUGUGGCCCCUCUGGGUGCCAAGUGAAUCAUGCUGCAUUUCCUCCUGGGUGGUGUGUUCCUGCUGCCCCUGCACCGUGCCGGAGCUGCCCUGAGCCCCCACCAACCUCAGGCAGGAUUAUUUUGGGGGGCAAUAACUGGGGAUGGGGACACGGUGCUGACCUCUGCCUGCGUGGGACAGUGCCCCCCCCCUCGGCUGCAAUAACUCAAUCAUCUCCCUGGGCCCUGCCGCACAGGGGGGGUGGGGGUGUUUGUGGCUCCUGCCUGGCAGGGACGGUGCACCCCGAACCCCGCACAGCCAGGCGCCGUGCCCCCUGGGUGAUGGGACUCUGCUACAAUAAAGCUGUGAGCUCAGCACCACACACUGUGCC